AUGGAUAACUACGAAAUAUUAGGCUAAAUCGGAAAGGGUAGCUUUGGUUUAGUAUAAAAGAUUAAAAGGAAAUCCGACGGGAAAGUACUUGUUUGGAAAGAAAUGAAUUAUGGAAGAAUGAGUGAAAGAGAAAAGCAAUAGCUUGUAGCAGAAGUAAAUAUAAUACGAGAGCUUAAACACCCAAAUAUAGUGAGAUAUUAUGACAGAAUCAUUGAGAAAAAAGACACUAAAAUUUAUAUUAUUAUGGAAUACUGCGAGGGAGGAGAUGUAGGCACUCUCUUAAAGAAAUGCAAGAAAGAAAAAGAUUAUAUUGCUGAAGAUGUUAUUUGGAAAAUAUUUACUUAAAUAAUUCUUGCACUCAAUGAAUGUCACAACAGACCUUAGGGAAAAAUAUUACACAGAGAUCUUAAACCUGCAAAUAUAUUUCUUGACGCUUAAAAUAAUAUUAAACUAGGCGAUUUUGGUUUAAGUAGAGUCAUGGGAGAAUAAUCUGAAUUUGCAGAUACACAUGUAGGAACACCAUACUACAUGUCACCUGAGUAAAUAUAAGAGAAAAAAUAUAAUGAAAAGAGUGAUAUUUGGAGUGCUGGUUGUCUUUUAUAUGAAAUGGCUGCUUUAAAGCCUCCCUUUGAAGCUACUAAUCAUCUUUCACUUGCUAUAAAAAUUAAAAGUGGUAAAUUUGAAAGACUACCUUUAAGAUACAGUGAAGAAUUGUAAAAAUUAAUUGAAAGUAUGGUUCAUAUAGACCCUGAAAAGAGACCUUCUGUUUAAAAUAUUCUCGAAUUGCCAUAAAUAAACCUUCGUUUGAAGGAAAGAAAGUUGAGAGAAAAGCACUCUUAAAUAAAAUUAAAAGAAGACGAGCUAAAAAAGCGCGAGGAACAACUGCAAGAAAGAAUUGAUUAAAUAGAAAAAAAGGAAAAAGACUUAACUGCCCAAGAAUAAACUUUAAAGGAUUUGGAGGAAUAAGUAAAAUAAAUUGAAGCUCAGUUAAACAUAAGGUCAUCUCAAAAUUCACUUCAAUAAUCUGAAGAAGAUAUUUUUUAAAGAUAAGAUAAAUAGACAAAUAAUAAUAACAAUGCAGGAGUAUUACCUUAAAAAAGUGCAAGAGGAGAAUAUUAAUUGCUAAGUUAAAAUUUAAACAGUUUUGGUAAAGACCUCAUGAUGCUAAAUAAAGGCAGCGUUGAAAACAAUAGUAGUGGCAGCUCAAGUAAAAAUAGCACUGCUACAGCAUCAAAUAAUACUUUUGAGAUAUUUAAAAAAGAAAAAGAAAAUAUGAUAAACAAUGGAAGCAAUAUCUAAAGCAAUUUAUAAAGUAUAGAGAAUUACAGAAAAGAAAAGGAAAUUCAAAAAUAGCUUUAAUCUUACUCAAGCAACAAAUAUCCAAUCUUUUAAAAAUCUAAUUCAUCUAUUGUUUCCUAGAGUUUAACGGAUUAAUAAAUGCUAUUGCAACAAUAAAGCUCUUAGGAUACAACUUCAUCUUAAGUAGUUUAGCAAUAAUCUAGUGAAAAUAAUUAAUCUAAUUUGAAAUUAAGGGGUAAUAUUGCUGAUACCUAGUAAACAUAAAGCAGCUGUUCUUCUAACUCCAGCAACAAUGAUGCUAAUGCUAGUAACCCUAUAACAGCAAACACUAAAGACAAAAAUUAUACUCUGUACUAGAGAAGAGAGCAAGAAGCUUUUUAAAAAACUCCUAACAAUAACAGCAAUUUACACUAAAAUUAUCAUACUUUGAAUAGAUAAGGGGAAAUUGAAAGUGUAACUAAAAAACAUACUUCUUAUUCAAAAGACCAUUAAUACAAGUCUGUGGAUCAUUUCACAUCUAUUUAAAAUAACAACAACUCUAGCUCAAAAAAAGAUGAGAGUACUGCCUUUAGUACUACUUGUAAGUAAAUACCUUAGUCAGCAUCAUAAAAUUAGAAUAUUGCAAACCAAAGUAGUAAUAAAUCUUCUCAUAAAAGCAGCAGUGAAAAUCUCCCUAAAAAGAGUACUGUUGCUUAAAUUUCUUCUACAAAUAACUAAAAUUAAAUUGAUAAUUAAAACUAAGAAAAUUCUUCUGCUGCUUCUAAUAAUAACAAUAAUAAUAAUAAUACAGGAAUGUCUGCAUUUGAAAGAUACAAAGCUUCCAUUUUAUAGCAGUAACAAUAGUAAUAAAAUUAAAAUAAUAAUGGUUAUUAAAAUAAAUAUGCAUAAAUUAAAUCUAAAGUGCGUUAAGCAAGUUAAGAUUCCAUGGAUGAUAAUGAAUAAUAAACUAUGAACAAUAAUUACACUUCAAAGCUUCAUACAUAAUAACCCAUUUCAAGUAAAUUAAGAGCACAGACAUCAAUCGAUUCAGUUUCUGUAAAAUAAAACCAAGAUAAUAAAAACUACUUGCUUAAUUAUAAAAAGGAUGCUCCUUCUGGUAGCACAGCAUCAGCUGCAACAAUUACUAGAAGAUCAGCAAACACUACAAUAGAUUCAGUAAAGUAUUCUCAAAUUAAUAAUUCUUCAAAUAUGUAAGGACCUACUAAUAAUAAUAAUUAAAAUGCCUCUUAUGAGAUAUAUAAAUAAGCAAACAUAAAAAGAACAGAUAGUUAUAAAGAAAACACUUUCAAAAAUAUAAUGUAAUAAAAUAAUUUCAUCAAUAAGCAAUAAGAAGCUGCAACUCAAUCUUCUUCUAAUAAUAAUUAACAAAUACAUUCUUCAACAAAUUUAGCUUAAAAUUAAAAGAAUUUUUAGAAAAACAGAUCAUCAUUAGAGCCUAAAAAUAGAUUCCACUCUUAGCAUAGCACAACUUCAUCAUCAUCAACAACAACAGCAUAAACUGCUAUACAAUCUACACAAUAACCAUAGUAGUCUUCAUCGUAGGUUGCUUUAAACUCAAAUAAACCUCCAAUUACUAUGAUGAAUAACAAUGGAGCAUUAAAUGGGAAUAGUAAUAAUAACGAAGAUGCCUUACUUAAUUUCAAAACGCUCCCUAAUACCGAAUUUCAAUAUGAUUCCAAUAAUGUUAAUAAAAUGUAAAUAAAGAAGAAAAACAAUAACAGCUUCACAACAACAUCAUAAAAUAUAAGCAACACUUAUUUAAAUAGUAACAAUAAUUAUAUAAAUAAUUAACCACGUUCUACUACUAAUAGUAACACAAUAGGUAAUAACUCAGCUCGUAUAAAUAAUACAGAAUAAAGUAUUGAAAGAAAAAAAGAAUUUCCUCGUCCUAGAAAUAAUUAUCUGUUACCUUAAUCCAGAUAAACUUUAAACAGUAAUCAAAAUCCAGAUGCUAAUAUAAAGAAUUAUUUCUCAGAAUAACCAAGCAACCUUAUGACUGUGCAGACAGACUAAUUGUAUAAUAAAUAUAAUUUAAGAAAGAUAGGCGAUAACAUUAUUUCUCCAUCAGUAUAGCACGUUUCAUCAAACUAAUAUAGAACUGCUACUUAAUACUGA